AUGGAGCUGAGGCUUCUGCACCAGAAGCUGCGUCUCAAUAGGGCCAUAAGACCAGGUUCCAUCAUCCUGGGACAUAGCUGUGCUACUGGGUGGUUUUACUACAAGUCCUGUUGCUAUGGAUACUUCCAGAAGCUGAAGAACUGGUCUGAUGCUGAGCUCGAGUGUCAGUCGUAUGGAAACGGAACCCACCUGGCAUCUAUCCUUUAUUUAAAGGAAGCCAACACCAUAGCAACGUACAUAGGUGGCUGUCAAAGAAACAAGCCCGUAUGGAUCUGCCUGCAUGACCUGCAGAAGGGGCAACAGUGGACGUGGCUCGAUGGGGCCACGUAUAUUUACAGAACUAUGUCUGGCAAGUCCGUGGGUGGGAACAAGUACUAUGCUGAGAUGAACGCCAUGAACACAACUCUUUUUUCCUACAAGGCAACGGCCUUGUCCCAGACAUUUACCGACCAUUUUACAAUCUUUGCCAUAUCACCGUACCAGCGGUUCAGUUAUCAAUAUAUUCUUUAA